GCUCAUUGCUCUUUCGUUCUCGUUUGGCACCUUGUUUUUUUUUUCCUUGUUUUUUUUUUUUUUUUUUUCCUUCCUUCUUUUCUGCUUCACUUCUUUUCUUGCUUUCUCUUUUCCUCCUCGCUGCUUCUCUCGUUGUGUUGUUCGGCUUUUUUUUGUUUUCCAGCAACACAUGGCAGCCGAAAAGUCCAAGACCGGAACGACACCCGCGCUGUCGUUUGCCAAGGUGGCCGCGACGGGUACUUCAGCUGCGGCAGCCGCGCCCACUCCGACGACGACGAGCGCGCCACAAACCACACCGUCAGCAUCAGCAACCGCAACACCGCCACCAUCAACAUCAGCAUCAACCACGACUGCUGCAAACCCAUCAUCCGCAUCUCCAGCAGCGGCAGCAGCACCGCGCUCGACAUCUCCGGCAACUGCAUCUGCGACUGUCGGCGUUGUGGCGUCAUCAGCCAAAGCAGCGGCACCGGCCGUCCCGUCGCAGCCACCUGCAGCACAGCCCGCAGGUCCACAAAGCACCACCAAUGCAUCGCCAUCGCCCACAUUGCCAGCAGCAGGACCAACAGGAGCUCAAGCGCAGCCUGGCCACGCUGGAAUGGGCACAGCUUCCCACACUGGAGACCUCGGCGCAGAAUCCGGCGCGAUCGAGCACGACAGCAACGCUCCGCCGAUGAUUGCCCAGGCCAUUCCCACGCGCAUCCAUGUCAGCAACCUGCCCUUUCGCUUGCGUGAGCCCGAUUUGCGGCAGCUGUUUGAUCCGUGGGGCGCCAUCCUGCAUGCCGAAAUCAUCUUCAACGACCGCGGCUCCAAGGGUUACGGAUUUGUCACCUUUGCCACGCAGCAACAGGCAGACCGCGCGCGCUCAAUGAUGCACGGCCAGGUUGUGGACGGACGCCGCAUUGAGGUCAACGCCGCAACAGUCAAGACACGCACGCAUGCUGGAGGAGGUGGAGGCAAUGCUGCUGGCGGUAAUGGCGCAGGUGGCUACUAUGGCGGGUACCAGGCGCACGGCGGGCACCAUCGUGGUGGUGGCGGGGGUCGCAACGCCGGGAUGCACGGCGGGUAUGGCAUGUACGGCGGUGCUGGCUACUUGCCGUACGGCUAUGCGCCACAAAGCUACGGCUCGCACAACGGCCACCAUUACGGCCAGGAUCACAUGGUGCACCAAGCGGGCGCCGCAGGCUUCCAGCCGCACCUCAUGUCGCACUUCCAGGCGCACGGCGGCUCUGCCGCGGCUGCAGCGUAUGCGCAAAUGCUGGGCGGUCCGUACGGCCAGCCGUACAUGUAUGGAGGCGGUGGACAGUAUGCGCAACACCUUCACCAGCAACAUCAGUCGCAUGUGCAUGCCCCGCAGUACUCUGGCCAUCCCCAGCAUGGCACGCCAGCCGCCACGCACGGCGGUGCGCUCGCCGGUGACGAUGGAAGUGGCCUUCUGUACUCUCCGUACCACCCAGCGUACGCGGCGGCCUAUGCGACCUCGACGGCCUCGGGCUCGUCGGGGACCCCGCAAUCGCCCAAACAGCUGUCUGCGGUCGGCGGAGGGAGCGCGGGUGCUCAGCCAGCGACGCAAGCCGCACAGGCGCAGCAUUCAUCCGGUUCCAGUGGUCGCGCCUCUCCUGGCAGUGGUGCCACCAUGCAAUCGCCCACGUCUGACAGCCAGCAGACCUUUCUAACUCCCGCUGCUGCCCCUUCCGGCUCGUCCUCGUUCUACUCGACAACCAUGCCGCUGUACGGCGCUGGAAGCGGACCCACCUCCUCAACCUCCAUCUCGUCGGCGUUGGAUGGGCUCACCCUGGUCGACGAAGACACGCCCAUCGCCUGGGGCGCUUCGCAGCUCCAGUUCCAGGGCUUUUACUCGCAACCCGGUGGCGCCGGCAGCGGUAGUAGCACUGAUGCCGGAGCAGCGCCGACACCCGUGCCAGCCAUUGUUGCGCAGCAAGCCUCCGCAGGCGGCUCAACAUCCGGGUCUCCUGCGCCUUCCGCCAAGCCAGCCACGGUAUCGUUCGCUGCGGCCGUUGGCGCUACGCCCCAUCGCUAGGCCCAGCGCUCGAUCUUCAGUUUUGCUCGGUUUUGGUUUGGUUUCUUUGGUUGGUGGUUCUGUUCUCCGCGUUUGCGUUUUGAGGAAACUCUCUUCGUGGUGUUGCGCAUUUCUUGUUCUUGUUGUUGUUCUUGUUGUUGUUGGUUUUGUUUUCUUGCAGUUCUUGAGAAUGAUGUUGUUGCCUGAAUGCUUUGCAUGUGUUAUGCUGCAUGGACUCUGCUUGCUGCAUUAUCACAGUUAUCAAACUUGCCUCUUGCUUGGGGCGGUGCUUUCUUUUGCUGUUGCUUUUGCUUUUGUUUUUGGUUUUGUUUUUGGUUUUGUUUUGUUUUGUUUUUUUUUUUUUCUUGGGUUGCUUUUGCUGCUCCUCCUUUGUUGUUCUGAAGAAGGCCGCGAGUCGAAUUGUCCCACUUGCCACUUGCCACUUGUUCAUCGUGUGCUGCGCAAGGGAAUUUGCUUUCAAUUUGCUCAUGGAUUCUUUGUUCGGGCUUCAAUUCAACAACUUGUUCUUUGCUCCUUGCAUUGCAAUCAUUCAAAAGUUUAUUUAUUGGCCGAA